GCGGACAAGGAGCUGUACACGCUGCGGUACCAGGCCCAGGACGACAGCCGGGAGCUGCUGCUCAAGGCCAUCAUGGUGGACACCAGCAUGAUCCUCAAUGUCAUGGACCGCAGCUCGCUGCAGGUGGCGGACGUGACCUUGAACGUGGCAGACUACGUGGACCCGGAGCACCUGGAUGACUUCCACAUGGUGUACAAGAACGUGGAGGAGCUGAGGACGAGGAUCAUCUCGGGCAUCAUCUCCCCGUUCAGGACCGACGAGGAGAAGGACAACAAGAAGGAGUCCAAGCCGGAGAGUACGGUCCCACCAGCUUCCCACCGCGACUACGACCCCCUGAGGAUCCCGCCCCGGCAGCCCCCGCUCAGUAGGGAGCCCCCCUGGCCAUCUCCCCUGGGCCCCUUUGCAGUGGGCGGAGAGGACCUGGACCCCUUUGGGGGCCGGCGCGGCGGGAUGAUUGCUGACCCACGCAGGUCAGGCUACCCGGUGCCUGGCAUCGACCCCUCGUCUGGCCUCCCAAGCCGGCUUCCUCCAGGGGCAGUUCCACCUGGCGCCAGGUUUGACCCCUUUGGCCCGCCAGGCUCCAAUGCAGCCAGGCCCAACCCGGAUCACCUCCCCCCUCCCGGAUACGACGACAUGUUUAUGUGAGGCGGGCCGGCCCGUGCUCCCGCCAGAGAGGAGUUACCCCUGCCUACGCGAGCGCCUUCCCCUCAUGCCCCUGUUCGGCGGACUGCAGUUCUUUCGGCGGAGGUUUCCUCCCUGCCUUCCACAUCAGCUCUGAGGGACGUCUGCUCACUUCCCCAGCCUUCCCCCUGUCCCCCUGUCAUCUCUCAGCUGCCGAAAUACGACUGCAGUGCUCAGA